AUGAGUUCAAUUAACCAAGAGAAACCAAUGAAGGAACAGCAACAGCAACAACAGCAGCAACAGAAAAAGAAAUUCGAAAGCCCUAAAAGAGAGGCUAUUGUGGACCUUGCGAAGUACAAGGAUUCUAAAGUUCGUGUCAAGCUGAUGGGCGACAAAUUGGUGGUAGGUGUGCUGAAGGGAUAUGACCAAUUGAUGAACUUGGUACUGGACGAAACGGCUGAGUACCUAAAGGACGCCAACGACGAAAUCUCAAGAGACAAGACGAGGGAUUUGGGCUUCACCGUCAUAAGAGGCAACAUUCUCGUUUCCAUAAGCCCACUGGAGGGAUCCGAAGUAAUAUACAUGCAAAGCUCGCAAUAA